GUCGACGUCGUUCCUUCGUCCUUGUUCUCGGCCACAUAUCCUUGGUAGUUGUAUCACCAUGGAAGACGCCAACGCUGAAGACGAGAAGAAGCCCUUCGACGCCGAAGGAGGUCAGGAUGGAGACGAAGCCCUGCCAGACCCUGACGAGGAUCUCGUCUUAGACAAGGGAAAUGGCCGUGUCUGGGUGGUCAAGAUACCAAAGCACCUCAUGCAGCGCUGGCGCAAUGUCACCGCCGAGGACGUCCACCUUGCCACCAUCCGUGUGUACGACCACGCUGUCUCCCCAACCGGCAAAUCCCCGCGCAUCUUCCUCUUCCUCCCCCCAGACCCGAACGACCCGACCCCGCGCGACCCGAACCUGCCCGUGUUCGACUCCAACGCCGCCUUCUUCAGCGGUGGUGAAGGCGGUGGCCAGCACGUGGACAGGUACGAGCUCGAGAUGGUCAAUAGCGAAGUCGACAACCAGCUCGUCGUCGCCGAGCGCCCGAAGGAGCCGCCCCCGCCCAGCGCGGGCAGGCCGCACAAUCCAAGGUCACGGACGACGAUCGUGACGGGCCGUAUACGACACGAGUGCUCGCUCAGACCGAUCUUCAACGACUCGUAUAGGAAGCAUAUGCGCGAGCGCACGCGGGUGUACAACACUCCGCAGAGGCAGAUACGCAUGAUCGAGGAAGCGGGCGUGAGGGGUGGGCGUGGAGGGAUCAAUCAGCUCAGCAGUGGUGUUAACAAUUCGGGCUCGUUCUCGGAUUUGGUCAAAUCCAAGAACAGACCCCCAAAAGGCGCAUUCGAGCGCAUGGCCCGCAUGCCGCGCAACCAGCUGCUCGACAUGCUCUUUAGCCUCUUUCGCGAACAGCCGCGCUGGCCUAUUAAGGGACUUCGCGAACGCACGCAGCAGCCUGAGGUCUAUCUGAAGGAAAUUCUCAACGAGAUUGCGUCGCUCCAUCGCAGUGGCGAGCACAACGGCCUCUGGGAGCUCAGCGAGGUGUUCAAGACCGAUGGGAUCAAGGCCGAGAACGUACCGUUGCCCAGCGGAUCGCAGGCGGAUGUCAAGAUGGAUGACUACGACGAAGACGAGGACGAUGAUGAGGAUGAAGACAUGGAGGAAGUGUCGUAAAAAGCACCACAACAUCCGUAUGCGCUUCUCAUGUAACUUAUUGUAUGCCACUUUGUAUUUUACUAGUUACUGCUUGUAUUAUUCAGACAUGUGUUUUAAUGGACUAUAGUUCUUUGGUGCGAG